AUGUCGUACUAUGGAGUUCCAUUAGCCGUCAGAGACAUAAAACUCAACAUCUACUUAAGCGAAGCCCUAAACGCAAUGGUGGAGUUACCUUCAUUUGUCAUAACACCGAUCUUGCUGGAGAGUUUCACCAGAAGAAGCUCUGUGCUAGUCAAUGCCUUAGUGGGAGGAGCAUCAGGAGUGCUAUGUUGCUUCCUAAGCCUUUUCGGUAGAACAAAGAUUGCUUUCGCUUUAGAACUUGUUUCUUUCCUAUGUGCGAGGAUUGGAUUCAACUUGAUGGCCGUUUAUAUCGUUGAGCUGUUCCCGACAUGCGUGAGAAACUGCGCUAUGACGAUGCUGAGACAGGCACUUGUGGUUGGAGGAGCUUGUUGUCCUAUCAUUGCUUCUAUAGGAAGACAUGUUCCAUCACUCUCUUUCGCGGUUUUCGGAUUUGCAAUGUCGGGUUUUGGGUUGUUUGUUUUGCUUCUUCCUGAGACCAAAGGGUCAAGUCUUUGUGAUACAAUGGAAGCACAAGAGCUGAGAGACAAGGCCUUGAAGAUUAGCCCUAGUUUCUGA